AUGAAACUUGUCGUCAUCUGGGAACACGAUUAUGACAAAUUGCUUGAAGAGGACCCUGACGCCAAAGCCUUUGUCGCCAAUCUGGACUUGACCGAUCGUCUAGACCCCCGCGACAGCCUCAUGGGUGGUCGUACAAAUGGUUGUGUUUUGUACAAGAGAGCAUCACAAGGAACACAAAUCAAAUAUGUCGAUUUUACCUCGUUGUACCCAUUCGUUUAUAAGAUAGCGCGAUAUCCCACCGGACAUCCCGAACUAGCAAAAGUAAAAGUUUUACCGCCUCGAGGUCUUUUUCACCCAGUGCUAGGCUACCGCUCAUACGAAAAGUUAACGUUUCAACUGUGUCGAUCUUGUGUGGAGCGCCAACAGAAAGAACCUUGCGCAUGCUCAGACGCGGACAGAGUACUGACGGGUACUUACUGCACACCCGAACUUCUCAAGGCAAUCGAAAAGGGGUACAAGAUCCUCAAAAUCUACGAAGUCUACCACUGGGAGGAUUCGACUCAGUACGACCCCUCGUCCAAGACGGGCGGGCUUUUUGCGCCUUACAUUAACAUGUUUUUAAAAAUAAAACAAGAGGCCAGCGGGCGACCCGACUGGGUCAAGACGGAGGACGACCUCGCUCGAUACAUCGAAAUGUACGAGCAAAGGGAGGGCAUUCGUUUAGACCCCGACAAUAUCGAACACAACCCGGGGUUACGUAGCCUGAUGGCCAAUCCGACCAUAGAAAUUCAAGAUUUUAACAUCAUUGACGACCACCAUCUCAUGCUGACCACUAAACGGACAUCGGAGGACAUGUGCGACCCCGGUCAUAGCAACGUUUUCUUGGCGUCGUUUACCACUUGCUGGGCCCGUCUUAAGUUGUACGAACUAUUAGAUAUGUUGAAGACUCGCGUUCUGUACUAG